AUGGUGGCUGCGAGCACGGACUCGUGCGUGGCAGGGACCGUGAGGCUGGUGCGGGACGAGGCAACUCCGCACACAGGCAGCCUUGUCCUGGAGGCCCCUGGGGGUGGGCCUCGUGGGCCGACACAGCUGGUGAUGGCAGCAGCCCGGCAGAGGUGGAGGUGGCACCAUGUUGGGGUGCACAACGGGCUACAGCGGGUGGGUUGCCUGCACAGGGGUGUCUGCACUGCACCCUCCCGACCUCUGCUCGCCCAGAGCCGCUGCAGCCCCACCUUGCCGGGGGAUGAGCCGUGGCUGCCCCCUGGUGCCGCCUCUGGGGAGGUGCGGCCCCACCUCUUCCUGGACCACCUGGCAUCUGUGGUUUCCACGGCAAUGCCCCCUUCUCCUCCCAACUCCCUGGCAACUUUGCUUAUCUCUUGGAGACACUGUUGUCCCCAGAGCCGUGCCCAGCCCUCCAGCUCCUGCUCCCAGCCCACCUCCCAACUCAGGCCGUUCCCUGGACAUCCGUACGGCGCUUGGCCCCACGAGGCUCACACUGGGCUCUACGUCGGCCCCAAACUCGACCCCUCUCCUGUCCCGGAGCUGUGGACAGCCUCAUCUUCCCCCCGGGCCUGGCCGGGGCCAGCAGUCCUGAGCCAUGUGGAGCAGCCUGCUGACAGCCCAGACCCUGGCAGUCCUCCUGACCUGCGCCACAGCCCUGGGAACAGCUUUGCCCCGUCAGGCGCCCUGCAUCGUGGCAGCAGGAUCGUGGGGGGCCGUGAGGUGAAGCCCCAUUCCAGGCCCUUCAUGGUGUCCCUGCAGCUGGGGGACAAGCACAUCUGCGGGGCCGUGCUGGUGCAGCCACGCUGGGUGCUGACAGCCGCGCACUGCCAGGUGGCCUGGAACCUCAGCGCCUUCCGGGUGGUCCUGGGGGCCCACGCCCUGCAAACGCCAGAGCCCACCUGGCAGGUGUUCACCCUCGUGAGGGCCGUGCCCUACCCACUGUACAACGCCCAGCUGGACACCCACGACCUCCAGCUUCUCAAGGUGGCCAGACUCAACGCCUCUGCUCAGCUCACCGGCUCCGUCCGCCCUGUGCCCUUGCCUGGCCGGAACCGUGAUCUGUGCCCAGGCACACAGUGCCGAGUGACAGGCUGGGGUGACACCACCGGCCACUGGGACCUGCCGGCCGCACUGCUGGAGACCACCGUGGUGGUCAAGCCGCGGAGCACCUGCAACAAGUCCUGGGCAGGGUCCAUCACACAGGACAUGGUCUGCGCCUUAGCCCACUCCGGGGACCGCCGCGGCGUGUGCGGGGGCGACUCCGGGGGCCCUCUCCUGUGCCGAGGCCAGCUGCACGGGCUGGUGUCCUUCUCCUCCAUGCUGUGCGGGGACCCUUACCUCCCGGAUGUCUACACUCGAGUGUCCACCUUCAUGUCCUGGAUCAGGGAUGUGCUACAGCACUACUGA